AUGGAGCGCUGCGUAGGCAGCUGGAUUAUCGAGGGGGAGCUAGGGCGCGGCUCCUUUGCUGUGGUAUGGAGGGCGCGGCAUGCGACGACAGGGGCGCCCGCUGCUGUGAAGGAGAUCAACACGGACAAGCUCAACAAGAAGCUGCAAGAGAGCCUGGCCUCGGAGGUCGCUGUUCUCAGCCAGACGAAGCACCGCAACAUCGUUGGCCUGCUCGACCUGCUCAAGGACGGCAGCCGCAUAUACAUCGUCCUGGAGUACUGCGCGGGCGGCGACCUGGGGCUGUACAUCCGGCGGUACGGCCGCGUGUCGGAGGCGACGGCGCGGUACUUUCUGGUGCAGUUGGCUGAGGGCCUAAAAGAGCUGCGGCGACACAACGUCAUCCACGUGAGCCGGCUGUACAGCCAUAGUCAUAUUCGACUGUGUAUAUAA